UCAAUUUUUAACCUCCCCGGUUCCCCAAUCUAUCUCAACCUUUUCUUUCUUUAAUUUAAGCCCUUGUUUUGGUCUUCGUCUCCCACAGUGCUUCCUAGGGUUUUAUUCUGACCUGCACUCAAAACGUGAAUUAGGGUUUCAUUCCAGAUGUUUGUAUAAAUAGUAUCUGUGCAAUUCGAAUUUUCGAUCCAAUUUGGGGUUUCGAUUGUUUGAUAAUCGCGAAGUUAGGUUUUCUGAUCGAUCAAAUUUGGGGGUUGACUCGGGAAUUCGUGAAGGUUUGGGGAAUUUGAAUCGGAAACAAUGCCUCCGAGGACGGUGAAGAGAGGUUCGGGGUCGGCGGGUACUAAGAGGACGACGAGGGCUACCAGAGGAGCUCCCAAGGCCCAGAACCAGGCCCAGCUCGAUGUGCCUGACGAGUCAAUGAAGGCUGAGGUCACGUUGCCGGUGGCUGAAGGUAAAGAGGAGCUCAAGGGUGAAAGGAUUCAAGAGAAGCCGAUUGUGGAGGAAGCUGCGGUGGUUGUGGAGGAAGAUCCAGUUGUUGAGGAGAAGCCUGUUGCUAUUGAUCGCCCAGGGUUUGAAGUGGAUGCGAAAUCAGAUCAGAACGGCUUCAAAAAACAAGAUAAGGCUAAGGACUCUAUAGAUGAUUAUGAAAAAGAUGAACGGCUAGAGCUGGAGGAUAAUGAACCUGAAUAUGAACCCGAAGAAUAUGUUGGCGUUGAUUAUGAUGAGAAGGAGAUUGAACAAGAGGAUACCCAGGAGGCUGAGGAUGAAGGAGAUGAGGAUCCUGAGGAGAAUCUAGGUGAAGAAGAGGGUGAUAUGGCUGAGGAGGAAAUGGAAGAUGUACAUGAAGAAAUUGAAGGUGAAGAAUAUGAGGAGCGUGGUGGUGAGGACCAUGAGCAUGAGCAUGAGCAUGCACAUGCACAGAUGGUUGACGCCGAGGAAGAGGAGCACCAUGAAGUUGUGAAAGAGAGGCGGAAGCGCAAGGAAUUCGAAGUGUUUGUUGGUGGCUUAGACAAGGAUGCAGAUGAAGCUGAUCUUAGGAAAGCUUUUGGUGUAGUUGGUGAGGUUACUGAGGUUAGAUUGAUGAUGAACCCUCAGACUAAGAAGAACAAGGGAUUUGCAUUCUUGCGUUUUGCAACUGUGGAACAAGCAAAACGAGCUGUUAGAGAGCUUAAACAUCCAGUGAUCAAUGGGAAACAAUGUGGUGUUACUCCAAGUCAAGAUAGUGAUACCCUUUUUCUGGGUAACAUCUGCAAAACAUGGUCAAAGGAUGCUUUGAAGGAGAAAUUGAAACAUUAUGGAGUAGAUAAUGUUGAGGAUUUGACAGUAGUUGAAGAUACUAAUAAUGAGGGAAUGAAUCGGGGCUUUGCUUUUUUGGAAUUUUCAUCUCGCUCGGAUGCCAUGGAUGCCUUCAAGCGCCUUCAGAAAAGAGAUAUUGUGUUUGGAGUUGAAAGGCCUGCAAAGGUUUCUUUUGCAGAUUCCUUCAUUGACCCUGGUGAUGAAAUUAUGGCGCAGGUUAAAACUAUAUUUGUGGAUGGCCUACCUGCUUCUUGGGAUGAGGAUUAUGUUCAACAGCUUCUCAAAGACUAUGGGGAGAUUGAAAAGAUAGAGCUUGCUCGCAACAUGCCUUCUGCCAAGAGGAAGGAUUUUGGUUUUAUUACAUUUGACACUCACGAGAAUGCAUUGACAUGUGCUAAUUGCAUCAACAAUGCAGAAAUAGGUGAAGGGGACAACAAGGCAAAGCUUAGGGCAAGGUUGUCAAGACCCCUUCAGAGAGGGAAAGGCAAACAUGCAGGUCGUGGUGAUUAUCGGUCCCCACGGGGGGAUGGACGAGUUAUUAGGGGUUCAUGGGGGCGCCCUACACCACCACGUAGUCUACCUAUGCGUGGAUUAAGAGGAGUUGGAAGUCGUAUCCCACCAGCCAGUGUGAAGAGGCCUGUUGGACUGAGAGAUAGACGCCCUGCGAUCUCGUCUUAUCCUGCUAGACCCAGGCCUUUGCCUCCUCCAGCUAGGUCCUAUGACAGGAGGCCACCUGUUCCGGCCUACCCAAAGAGUAGCUUCAGAAGGGAAUAUAGUAGACGGGAUGACCUUCCUCCUCCAAGGAGCAGAGCAGCGGCUGAUUAUGGUUCAAGGGCUGUGCCAGAGAGACGCCAGUCAUAUAGAGAUGACUAUAGUACACGUGGUCCUGCCUACGUUGACCCACCAAGAAGUACAUCUCGUACAACAGCGAGGAGAGCUUAUGUAGAUGACAGUUAUGGACAAAGGUUUGAAAGGCACCCUCCCCCACCUCCUCCUAGUUACCACCGUGAAGGUCGUGCUCGUGAUUACGACUCUAUUUCUGGGUCAAAGCGUCCAUACUCUGCUCUGGACGAUGUUCCACCUCGAUAUGCUGAUACUGGCAUCCGCCAAUCAAGGGCACGAUUGGACUAUGAAUAUGGAAGUGGUUCUUCUCAAUAUGGGGAUGGCUAUAGUGAUAGAGUUGGGAGGUCUAGUUUAGGAUAUGGGAGCAGCAGGACAAGUCAGGAUUCACAUGGACUUUAUAGCAGCCGUCAGAGCAUGGGUUAUGGAGGAGGUUCUUAUGGUGGUAAUGAUGUUGGUGGGAUGUACUCAUCAAGCUACGGUGGUGAUUAUAUGUCUCGUGGAAAUGAUGUUGGAGGUAGCUCUUACUCAUCAAUGUACUCCGGUCGUGGUGUUGGUGGAAGCAGUUAUAUGGGUUCAGGUGGUUCCGGCUCAUACUAUUGAGAUCUGAAAUGACCAAGAGGCGCUCUAGGAUGGGGACUGUCUGAAGCUUUGGAUUAUGUUAUCUAGCAGUUAUGAAGAGACAAUUAUCUAAGAGCGUCUGCAGCACUGGGAAACUUUGAUUGUAUACAAUAGGUCCAGCCCUGGUAGAUUUUCCGUAGAUCAGAUAUGUCAGGCCAAAGUUUUGAUGCUGUAAGGAAGCUGAAGUUAUUCAGAGAUGAAACAUACAGUGCCUUCUAUUUAUUCUCCUAUAAGAACUCACCUGAUGGAAAACUUGGUGUCAUUUAUGUACAGAAUAUGAUAAGAGAACAAGGGUUUUCUUAUUGUGAUCUAAGGUAUUUUGGAUAUUUUUUAUGCUGAACCCUGUGGAAAGGUUUUGGAUUUGAAUAAUAAGUCAUUUUGGUCAUUUUAGACCUGCA